AUGAGACAGUUGAGCCAAACUUCAUUUGAUUGGGUGGCGGCCUUAGAUCCAUCACAAUGGUGUAGAGCUCACUUUAAAACUCAUUCCAAGUGUGACAUCCUUUUGAAUAAUAUGUGCGAGGCUUUUAACGGUGCCCUUGUAGAAGUACGAGACAAAUCUAUUUUAACCAUGCUAGAGAGAAUUAGAUACUAUAUUAUGUUGUUGAUUGCAACUAGAAGAGCAUCUUGUGAGAAAUGGAAAGAUGCCAUUGGUUCAAGGAUUUUUAGGAUUUUGGAGAAAACAAAGAAAGAAUCAGCUUGGUGCAUUCCAAAGCUUGCUGGGGAGAGUUUAUAUGAGGUCAAAAACCAUGAUGGAAGUCAGGUUGUGGUUGAUUUGGCAGGGCAUUGUUGUUCAUGUAGGAGAUGGGAUAUUACUGGGAUCCUAUGCAAGCAUGCUUGUGCUGCAAUUGUCCAAUUAAAUGGGGAUCAUAUUGCUUAUGUUGAUGCUUGUUACAAGAAGAAGGCCUUUAUGAGAGCUUAUGGUCCAAUGGUUCAUCCAAUGACAAGUGAAGACUUGUGGCCUAAGUGUGAUAGGCCUCCUUUGAUGCCACCACUUUAUCACAAACAACCUGGGAGACCAAGGAAGAAGAGGAUGAGGUCAGCAGGUGAACAACCAAGCAAAUCUAAUCCUACAGCCACCAAGUUGCAAAGGUAUAACUUGGAAACCAAGUGUUCACUUUGUAGACAAGGAGGCCAUAAUAUGAGGAGCUGCCCUAAGGCAAAAGAAGGUAGCAGCAGUCGGAAAUCUACCCAAGAUACGACAUCAACCAAAAGGGUUACAAGACAAUCAACAGCCAAGCAACCUGUGAGAAGAAGGUUGGAAACUGGCCAGUGUUCUCAAACUCCACAUGGUUCUGAAACAGGCCAAGCUUCCCAAACUGCCCCAGCCCCAGCAUCUCAAACUGCCCCACCUUCAGUACCUGCCCAAGCAUCUCAAACUGGCCAAGCUUCAGACACUCCAAAAAAAAAGAAGGAUGGUUCUCAAACUCUGCAAGGCUCUCAAUCUGUGCAAGGAACUGAAUCUGUGCAAGCUUGUCCAGUUUCUCAAACUGCCCAAAGUUCUCAACCUGCCCAAACUAGUCAAUCUGUGCAAGGAUCUCAACCAAGUGCAAGCUUAUCACACCCUUUUGCCAGUGGUCCAAGCAAAAAGAGGUUCAAAUCUCCUACCAAGAGGAUGAAAUUUACCAAUCGGAAGGAUUUGGUGGAUGGUUAUCAGCCUUGGAGAUUCUGA